AUUAAUGAGGGGGGGUUGGCGGCGGCCGGGGUGCAGUCGCUCGCUCGGCGUCGCCGCUAACGGUUCGGUUCGGUCCGGUCUCUCUCUCUCCGUCCCUCCGCCCAGCAGGCAGACAUGUCGCGGCCGCUGACCGACCUGGAGCGCAGGAAGCAGAUCAGCGUGAGGGGGCUGGCCGGCGUCGAGAACGUCUCCGACCUGAAGAAGAACUUCAACCGGCACCUGCACUUCACGCUGGUGAAGGACCGCAAUGUGGCCACCCCCCGCGACUACUACCAGGCGCUGGCCCACACCGUGCGCGACCACCUGGUCGGCCGCUGGAUCCGCACCCAGCAGUACUACUACGAGAAGGACCCCAAGCGUAUCUACUACCUGUCGCUGGAGUUUUACAUGGGCCGUACACUGCAGAACACCAUGGUGAACCUUGGUCUACAGAGUGCCUGCGAUGAAGCCAUCUAUCAGCUUGGGUUGGACAUGGAAGAACUAGAAGAUAUUGAGGAAGAUGCUGGGCUUGGAAACGGAGGUCUGGGCAGGUUGGCAGCCUGCUUUCUGGACUCCAUGGCGACCUUGGGGCUGGCCGCCUACGGCUACGGAAUCCGGUACGAGUUCGGCAUCUUCAACCAGAAGAUCUCCAACGGCUGGCAGGUGGAGGAGGCUGACGAUUGGCUGAGAUUCGGCAACCCCUGGGAGAAGGCCCGCCCGGAGUACACCAUCCCCGUCAACUUCUAUGGCCGGGUCGAGUACACCCCUGAAGGGGUCAAAUGGGUGGACACCCAGGUGGUCUUGGCUCUCCCCUACGACACGCCGGUGCCAGGAUACAGGAACAACACCGUCAACACCAUGCGGCUGUGGUCGGCCAAGGCUCCCAACGAGUUUAAGCUGGAGGACUUCAACAUCGGUGGCUACAUCCAGGCUGUGCUGGACAGGAACCUGGCCGAGAACAUCUCCCGAGUCCUCUACCCCAAUGACAACUUCUUCGAAGGCAAAGAGCUGCGGCUGAAGCAGGAGUACUUCGUGGUCGCCGCCACGCUGCAGGAUAUCAUCCGCCGCUUCAAGUCCUCCAAGUUCGGCAGCCGCGACAUCGUGCGCACCACGUUUGACGCUUUCCCCGAGAAGGUUGCCAUCCAGCUGAACGACACCCACCCGGCACUGGCCAUCCCCGAGCUUAUGAGGAUACUCGUCGACGUCGAGCACGUCAGCUGGGAGAAGGCCUGGGAAAUCACGAGGCGCACGUGCGCCUACACCAACCACACGGUGCUGCCGGAAGCCCUGGAGCGCUGGCCCGUGAACCUCUUCGAGUCCCUGCUGCCCCGCCACCUGUCCAUCAUCUACGAGAUCAACAGGAGGCACCUGGAGAACGUCUCCAAACUGUACCCGGGCGACCACGACCGCUUGCGGCGCAUGUCCCUCAUCGAAGAGGGAGGCUUAAAGAGGAUUAACAUGGCGCACCUGUGCAUCGUCGGGGCGCACGCUGUCAACGGAGUUGCCCGCAUCCACUCGGAGAUCCUGAAGAAGACAAUCUUCAAGGAUUUCUACGAGCUGGAGCCGGACAAGUUCCAGAACAAGACCAACGGGAUCACACCGCGCCGCUGGCUGGUUCUAUGCAACACGGGCCUCGCGGACGUCAUCGCAGAGAAAAUCGGUGAAGAAUACAUCUGUGAACUGGACCAGCUGAAGAAACUGAAGAAUUUCGUGAACGACGAAGGAUUCAUCCGGGCCGUGGCUAAAAUCAAACAGGAGAACAAGCUGAAGUUUGCCACGUACCUGGAGAAGAUGUACAAGGUGAAGAUCAACCCCAACUCCAUGUUCGAUGUUCAGGUCAAGCGAAUCCAUGAAUACAAACGUCAGCUGCUCAACUGUCUCCACAUCAUCACCUUCUAUAACCGGAUAAAGAGAGAGCCGAACAAGCAGUACACACCUCGUACAAUCAUGAUCGGAGGCAAGGCCGCACCUGGAUAUCACAUGGCCAAGCUGAUCAUCAGACUCAUCACGGCCAUCGGAGAUGUGGUGAACAACGACCCCAUGGUGGGAGACCGGCUGAAGGUCAUCUACCUGGAGAACUAUCGGGUGACCCUGGCCGAGAAAGUGAUCCCAGCCUCCGACCUGUCCGAGCAGAUCUCCACAGCCGGAACCGAGGCAUCGGGCACGGGCAACAUGAAGUUCAUGCUGAACGGGGCACUGACCAUCGGAACCAUGGACGGAGCCAAUGUGGAGAUGGCCGAGGAGGCCGGCAUGGACAACUUCUUCAUCUUCGGCAUGCGGGUGGAUGAAGUGGAGGCCAUGGACAGGGACGGGUACCACGCCCAGUCCUACUACGAUCGGAUCCCCGAACUGAAGCAGGCCAUCGACCAGUUGGGCAGUGGAUUCUUCUCUCCCAAAGAGCCCCACCUCUUCAAGGAAAUAGUCAACAUGCUGAUGCACCACGACAGGUUCAAAGUGUUUGCUGACUAUGAGGACUACAUCAAAUGCCAGGACCGCGUCAGCGCCUUGUACAUGAAUUCCAAGGAGUGGACCAAGAUGGUCAUCAAAAACAUCGCUGCCUCAGGGAAGUUCUCCAGCGACAGGACCAUCACGGAGUACGCCCGGCAGAUAUGGGGAGUGGAGCCCAGCAAGCACAAGAUCCCGCCCCCCAGCGAGCCCCGGGAGUGAGGCCGUCUCCGCACGUCCCUCUUCCUCCUCGCCCCCCGACCCCAGCCCGAGUCAAUCGGCGGGUGACGAGGGGUGGGACCUCUCAGCCGUCUGUCUGACGCGACCCCCCCCCCGGCUCUGUUACGACACCCGCCUGCUUUCACAACGUGGUCCCCGAGAUCCCUCAGCCAGGGAGGAAGCUCCCACCUCACGCCGGGUUGAAAACUCCCUUCCGCUCCCACACCCCCACACCCGCCGUGUCUCUAUCAUGGCUGUCACUCUCUCUGUCUCUCACACCAGACCGCCUCCCCAAAUCAAGCCAAGGAACAACGCGGUAAACUGGUGACACGAGUUAGCAGUCUGAGUGAGUUUAACCCAGGGCUCGCGCUCUUCCCCACGCUGCUGCUCUACUUCCGAAGCUGACUGGGAUCCUUCAGCACUUUCCCUUGUGCUCAACAAUCCCCCUUCCCCGCAGGCAAAGGCUGCUGCCUGGGGAUGGCAAGUUCUUUCGCCUUAAAACACAGGGCACACCUGCUAUCCGCCACUGGACCCCCUUGCCACAACCAUAACUUUAACCUGCUGAUCUAGGACGGGAAAGUUAAGUCUUCCCUCAUGCAUUUAAUACGUGAGCAACUUAUCUGAAGUGUAAAUAUUUAUGUUAAACGGGUAUGAAAUUGAACUGCUGAAUAUUGGCCUGGGACACCACCGGUGGCCAACUAGAAGCGGAGGUUUCUUUGUAACCUCGCCCAGCCGGAGAGAAGGUCAGCCACACUCUACAUGGAUGGGGGCCAUCUGACCUCCAGCCAUCUUCAGCUGGGGGGGGUGGGAUCCAUCCUCAGUUCCUGUCUUCUCUCGCGCUCCAGCAGUGGGCAGAUCCGAGCUGUGAAACUCUGCUGAAAGAGGUUAAUCGGACACUGUUCCCACUCUGCUGUGUUCAGACAUGAGCUCCAGGUGUGGGCCCAAGAAAGCAGCUGUCAUUGACAGUCCUCAUCUCAGCCCCUUGUUUCUGCUCUUCGCCAGGUAUCCCCACUCAGCCUGUCCCACCAUUUCCCCCUCCCAGUCUCUUUCCAGCUCCCUCUCUAUCUCCUCCCAGUCUCUUUCCAGCUCCAUCCACCCCUGUCCUCCCAGUCUCCAACCCUGCUCACUGUCCUCCCCUCCCAGUCUCUUUCCAACUCCCCCUCUCUCCUCCCAGUCUCCAACUCUGCUCACUGUCCUCCCCUCCCAGUCUCUUUCCAGCUCCCCCUCUCUCCUCCCCUCCCAGUCUCUUUACAGCUCCCCCUCUCUCCUCCCCUCCCAGUCUCUUUACAGCUCCCCCUCUCUCCUCCCAGUCUCCAACUCCGCUCACUGUCCUCCCCUCCCAGUCUCUUUCCAGCUCCAUCCAUCCCUCUCCUCCCCUCCCAUCUCUUUCCAGCUCCAUCCAUCCCUCUAUUCCCAGUAUCCAACUCUGCUCACUGUCCUC